UCCGUCCGACGUCACGCGCUCGAUCAUCUUUUUCGCGUUCUCCCAAAUCGAGAAGGGCAGGAAUCCAGAAGCCGCACGCGGCCUUCACGAUCGGAUGCGAGAGAGAGCCUUUCUGCCGCCGGAGAUGUGUCGCCUAACUGUGUAUCUUCUUUGCUUAUCUCGGGUAGCCUCCAAUGCUGACUUCACUGAUGAGAUUUUUAGUCCAGGUCCUGGUCUGUAGUAAAAGUUCUGUUAAUUAAAUUGCUAGACAGGCUACGUGGAUACAAGUACACUAGAGAGUAUUAGUCAGGUGUUAGCUGUUGUUUCUGUCAGUAAAAAUGGAACAGAACAUCGUAAAGGUGUUGGAUAAAGGGAAAAGGCAUGAUCUCAAGAGGAAGAGAGAUUCUUCUAUGGCUUUCACUGCUGAUGGCCAUGGCCUAACAACACAUGAGCAUAUUGGAGGCCAAUCCUAUGCACGAGCUUGCACGAUAACCGAAUGUAAAUCUAACUUAGGCUGCUAUCAAGGGAAUUACAUUGUCAAGAAUUAUUGCAAUUUCACCAAAAGUGGGUCACCACGGCGUGUGCUGUUCUAUGAAAAUGAUGAAUGGAAAGAUUUUCCAACAAAAGUUAUUAAUGCGGUUCAGGAAAAUUUCAACAUGAAGAAGACAAUUACUGAAGCAAACUAUCUGGGUCAACAAAUUUUGCUAGAUUUCAUUCACCUGGUUAGUAUAAUGUUGCAAACUGGUUUGAUGAAGCCGAUAGCUUGGAUUGAUGAUUGUGGAAAAUGCUUUUUCCCAGAAUCAUACGCUAAUCGUUACACCUCAAAUAGAUGCCAUUGCUCUGACAAAGAAGACCAAACUCAUACUUGUUCUAAACCAAAUGGGGCAUAUGUAAAAAAUGUUGAUCUCCAUAUGUCAAUUAGUGCAGCUGAAAGCUCAACUUCAGUUGCUGAUGAUGAGGUUUUGCCAAAUUUCAAACGGGUUAAAAGCGAACAGAUUUCUGCCACUGACCAAAACAAUUGUGCUGAUAUUAAUGAAGCAGUUGGUGAAAAUGAAAUGGGUUGUGCUUUUCAUUUAGAUAUUCCUGCUUUUGAAACUUAUCUUCAGGUACCUAAUGGUGGGCAUCAACUUAAUAGAGCUGUGCAGAAAAUGCUACUACAAGGAUUAGGCAGGGUAAUUGAUGAAAAAGACAUUGUUGGAAUUUAUAGGACUCCAUUGACAAAUAUUUUAGGUCGAGUUCGAUUUAACCUUUUCCAAGCACAAGUUGAAAACACUAAAAGAAUUCGUGGCAAUGCAAAUGUUCGUUAUGCAUGGCUUGCUUCCUCGAAGGAUGCAAUGGAAGAGAUGAUGUCCCAUGGGGUUCUGAAGCAACCUGUGCAGAAACGACUUUAUGGUAAUGGUAUUCAUCUUGCCCCUGCAAAUUGCUCUGAUAUCUGUGCUAGUUAUGCUGACGUUGACAAAAUUGGUGCUACCCAUCUUAUGUUGUGCCGCAUAGUCAUGGGGAAUGUAGAACUCAUACAUUCUGGAUCUGAACAGUCUCAUCCUACGAAUGAUAAUUUUGACACUGGCAUAGAUAAUCUUCAGAAACCAAAGCAUUAUAUCAUAUGGGACAUCAAUAUGAAUACCCAUAUCUAUGCAGAAUAUGUAGUGACUUUUAAGAUGACCAACAAACUUAAAGCUUUUUUAAACUGGAAAAACAGUGGAUCUCAUGCAUUUGCCAUCCAGAAUUCUAGUUCGUCUGAUUGCCAAUUACAGGAGAAGGUUUUCCAGUCAACUCCAGAAUUUGGAAAUCACUCUCAGGAUCCAGUGGCAGGAAAAGUUCCAAGAGUUCCAACCUCACCAUGGAUGCCAUUUUCAAUGCUAUUUGCAGCAAUUUCUACCAAAGUGCCUUCUGAAGACAUGGAUUUAGUUCACACUCAUUAUGAUGACUUUAAGAAGAGAAAGAUAAGCCGAAUCGACUUGGUUAAGAAGUUAAGGCAGAUAAUUGGAGACAAAUUGUUGGUUUCAACUAUUGUAAGACUGCAACACAAGCUACAACCAGCUAGAAACGAAGUGCAAAAUUCCUGGUCCCGUAAGUUGCUUCCCCAGCCUCAAGAUGGACAGUGAUGAGUUAAACUUCCAGUUAUUUCUUUCUGUAAGCUUCCAAAUGCUUGUCUGAAUUGUGCAUUAGUAGUUUAUGUUCAAGAUUACUGUAAGAUUUUUAGUCGAUGGCAUGUGAGCCUCCAUAUGACUUGACAUAAAAAAAACAUCUUAAGAAAUUUUAUGUCGCAGACUGCAAAGAAGGAUGGGGACGUCCGUUGGCUCUCUUCUUAAUUAAUAGUCUUCUCUCAA